AUGACCACCAAUCCGUACCUGGACUCAGGUUCUUGUUUCGUCCGUGACGACGGAGAGAGGAAACUUCCGCCACCCAGCCGAUCAGAUGUGAAGCCUCAGUAUGUUCACCAUCUGGCGCCAAAACCUCCACCCGAGAUCAGCCACUCCGUCCCCAAACAGAAAGAUGUAAAACAGAGGUGUCUCAAGUUCACUGUGGCUGCUGUGAUCUGUCUGCUGCUCCUUCUGCUGCUGGCUGGAAUCCUCCUCGCUUAUUACUUUUCCUCGCCCUGUGUGCACGGGAUGCAGUGCGGUGGUGAUGACGGGAGCUGCGUGUGGGAGUCCCAGUGGUGUGACGGAGUGAAAGACUGUCCAGCUGGCCAGGAUGAAGCUAACUGUGUGAGGCUCCAUGGUUCCAGUUUCCUUCUCCAGAUCUACUCAACUCAGACUAAAAACUGGAGGACUGUUUGUUCUCACGGCUGGACCGACAUGCAGGGUAGAGCAAGCUGCCGGACCAUUGGAUACAGCAGGGGCACAUAUUUUAAAUCCGGCCAACAGAAGACCGACUCUGCUGAUGGAUCCCUAAUAGUGAAGUCUGAUAUCAGCCCGGGGGCAUUCAUAGUGCAACAGCUUGUGCUCAGCAAAACCUGUCCCAACAACAGUGUAGUGACUUUGCGUUGUACUGAUUGUGGGCGCUGGGUGAACUCCAGCAGUGCUCCUGGGGGCCAGCUGGCGUCCCCCGGGUCCUGGCCUUGGCAGGUCAGUCUGCAGAUUGGGGGAUCCCACCGCUGUGCGGGAGCCAUCAUCUCUCCCUACUGGAUAGUGACUUCAGCGCAUUGUGUGGCCAGGGUCUCCAGUCCCGGAGACUGGGCAGUGUAUGCUGGGAUAGUGGAUCCCGUAGGCACUCUGUUUAACCCUGCUUACCCUGUGAGUCGCAUCAUAGCCCACGAGGGCUACAACAGCCUCACUCGAAGGAAUGACAUCGCUCUGAUGAGGCUCACGACAGCUCUGGACAUCACAGCCUCCAGUAAUACCAGACCUGUGUGCCUCCCAAAUGCUGGUCUAAACGUCACAGCUCCUGCAAUGGGCUGGAUUACACGGUUUGGUCACACAGCAAAUGGAGACCCUGGCUCUCCAUACCUGAUGGAAGCUCAGGUCUCUCUCAUAGAUACCGCAGAGUGCAACAGGUCCAUUGCUUACAAUGGCAGGAUAUCACAGGACAUGUUAUGUGCCAGAGAGAUGGAGGCAGGAACGGACAUGUGCCAUACUGACAGUGGCCCCCCUCUGGUGUCCCUGAAAAAUGGGCUAUGGUGGCUCAUAGGGGAAAGUAUCUGGGGGGAACACUGUACUGAGCAGAACAAACCGGGUGUUUAUGGCAACGUCACCUAUUUUUUGGACUGGAUCUACUGUCAGAUGAAGAAGCAACAAGGUGACUGAUGACAGGACCAAAGAUGAACUAUCCGAGAAGUUUGUGUUUACAUUUGGUUU